AUGUAUGCAGCUAAUCAUUAACUCCAUUAAAUAAGCUAAGUCGAUGUAUGGACUCCUAAAAAUGUCAAGGUUUCUUUAGAAUUAAUGAAAGAUGUCAUUUAGACCCUUUAACGAGAAGAGAAUGUUUUGUACAAUAUUUCAAUAUUUAAUAGAUUGGAACAUGUUAAUACUGAAGUUAGGAUAUUUUCAUUAUUGUGCUCAUCUCUUGCUUGGCUCAAGAGUCAGAAAGAAAAUUCCACCAAUUUAGAGAAAUAAAAAUCCUUAAGAAUUGUUUAUGUUUCAUAAAAUCAGGCUUAUCUAAAUUAGGCAGAAGAAUAAUUAAAAAAAACAAUUUAUAAAAAUAAAUUAAUAUACUUCAAAGAGGAUUUGAGCUUAAAUCAAAUAUUAGAGCAUGACCUAAUUUUUAUGACAAAGGACAGUUUGAUUUCCUAUGAAUAAUAAGAUCUUAAGAACUCCAUCUUGAUUUUUGAUAGUUUCGAGUGUGUAUAAGAUCAAAAAUUGUUAACGAAGAUUUCUUUAAAAGCAAUCGAAAUUGCCCAAAAGGAAUUAGAUGAUUUGGCAUCUAAAAGAUAAUAAAUGGAGGCAUAUUUUUCUGAAUUACAUUCGUACGAAAACAUUAAGAAGUUAAUGUAAUAUUUCCUCGAAUUUUAAUUUAAUAAUUAAUAUGAUAAACGUAAAGAAAUCGAUAUAAAGUUGAUAAUUGAAAAUUACUUUAUAAAAAGAAAUUUGAGCUUUAAUACAUAUAUGGGAUACGUUUAAGUAAUAUUGAGAUAAUAAGAUGCCUCUAAGUUGGAUAAUCUUAGUCUAUGGUGCAAAUUCAUUAAGUCUGUAUAUAAAUUAUUUAUAAAUAAAUAAGAUUAUACGGAUAAUUAUAAAUCAUAUAUAAACAAAAAUAAAAAUGGUAAUGUGAUUUUUAUUUGCCUCAGAUAUUAUUCAUAAUAUAUGUUAGAUCAUUUAAGAAACCUAAAAUUUUAAUCUAUUAUAAUUUCAUCAAAAUAUUUGUCUUCCCCUUAUGAUUAAUUUCUAAAUAAGAUUUAAAUUAAGCAAAUUGUAGAUUAGAGUUAAUUUUUUUAGACAUUUUACAUAUAAUCUCAUAAUGAAAAUUUUGGUUUAUUAAAGACUUUGAAUAAUAUUUAUAAAUCAAUACCAAAUAGUAUUUUGGUGAUUUUUUAACAAAGGGAUAAAAUAAAUGAAUUUAAAAAUUAUUGUGAAAAAGAAUAAUCUAAUAUUUUUUUAGAAAUGGAGAAAAAAAAAAAGCUGUUUUGGGCACAGAAAGGCUAAAAAUAUAAACCAUAUGAUUUUAUAACAAGUUCAAAAGAUGGAGCAAUUUUAUUUGAAACUUAUAGUGGGAUUUUUAAAAAAGAAUUUAAUUUUCCAAAUUCAUUUUAAUUUUGUAAAGCUAUAAUCUUGACUUGUAUGUGUGAACCAAAUUAUUUCAAAGUAGAGGAAGUUUAAUAUGCAAAUGAUGAAAUAUCCUUGUAAUAUUUUUAAAACAGAUCUUUCAAUCGUAUAAUCUAAAGAACUUUACUUUAAGAGAAUAAAAAUGGGUAGUUUAUAGUUUUUAAAAUAGGGUUUUAAUCAUUUAUGAUUAGAAGGAGAAAAUGUACAAAUGGAUAGAAAAUUGUGGUAUAUAGUAACUCAAUUAAUUGGAUUUUGAUAAUCCAUUUUUUAUUAAAAUGAUUGAAAGAUAGUGUAAAGAUUCAAUUGAAGUAGAAAAAGAGUCUAAUUAAAAUAAUGUAUAAGUAAUUUAACAAUAAAUACAAAGUGGCAUAUAAAAUAAUCAAUAAAGCAUUGCUAUGAAUUUAUCAUUAGUACCAAAUUUAUAAUAAAUUGAAAAUUAAUAACAAUAGUAAAAUAUAAAUGUCAGCACAAUAGAAAAUAUUUAGAUUGAAUAGAUAGAAAGUGAAAGUGAAGAUUCUUUUGAUUAAUUUGAAUAUACUUUUUAGGAUUGA